AGUUAAAGUAGUCGCUGCUUCUUCCGCUCUGGACGCUGAAGUGGAGAGUCGUGUGUGAGAUUAGUGGAGAGUUUAAACUCGGUCUUAUUAUUAUGGAUCUGCUGUUAUAGACAAAAACCUGAUAUGAACUGAUUUAAAAUGUGGACAUAUUUCACCACCAGCAGCGAUAUGACUGUAUGAAGAACAGAGAAGGAUUGUAUUAGUGUGAAUCUGUAGGAGGAGAUAAAGAGAUAAAAAUGGCGGCUGCAAGAAACAAUGAGUUUAAACUCUUUGGCCCCCGUGGUGAUGAAAAGCGUCAGUCUCCCUCUGCGGUCACUCUCUCCUGUCACCUGUCUCCUGAAAUCAGUGCUGUUGCCAUGGAGAUCAGGUGGUUUAAGGGGACGGACUGUGUUUGUCUCUAUAAGAACAGGCAGGUGACAGAGGGGAGGGGCUACGAGGGCAAAGUGAGUCUGUUCACUCAGGAGCUGCAGAGAGGAAACGUCUCCUUACAGAUCAGAGACUGUAGAGAGUCAGAUGAAGGAGAUUAUCUGUGUCAGGUCACCAAUGGAGACACAACAGAGGAGUGUACAGUAGGAAUGUGGGGGGUAAGUAUUCCAGAAGUUCACUCUACAUAAACUCAUCAUCAUCAU